CCAGGGUCAGACGCAGCUGGUGGGUUCAUUUAAUUCAGUAUUGUGAGCGGAGGGGUCGGUCCUGUUAGAGUACAGGGCACUUGGGUAAACGUUUAGUUUAUGGUCACUUUCUAUGCAAGGAUUAGUGACGAAAAAAGAUUAUUAUAAAUCGUAAAGCUGCGCUUCUGUUUGUGCAGAUCUUUUCAGACUUCUGGCAAAAGUAUUCUGCUGAAGGAGUUUGGAGGAAGCUGCCUCACUCUGAAGGAUGGAGCCCCAGGAGUCAGAUGUGCAGUACAGCCGCUGGAAUGAGACCUGCCAGGAUGAAGUCAACAUCAAUGUGUCUUCCACAUCCACACUACAGGGGAUCUCCAAGCAGCUGUGCACAGGGACGCUUGGCAUUGCCAUGAAGCUGAUAGGAGCGCUUGUUAUUCUGAGCCUCGUUUUCAUCAUUGGAUAUGUCACCGGCUACUACAUACACAAGUGAAAAUAAGGGAUGUUUCAUUUGAUCACAGAGCAAAAACUUUAUGAGUUGUGCAACAAAAGAAAAGCAUUGUGCUCAGUGUGUAUCCACCAGCAGUUUGGGUUUGGUGAUUGUUAGAAUUGAAACCAUCAAGGCUCAGGAAGUAAACAGCUGUUCAAUUCUUAUGCUCUGCUAAAUCAGAAAUAUGUGCAACCAGGAGAGAAAAUGGGGAGGAAUAUUAAGUUGGGUUCACCUGACAAGUCACCAAUGAUAUGUCAGCUGGACCCAGAUAAAUAUUGAUACACAUUAAUUGAUACACAUUAAUUUGCUUUAUUGCAGGGAUUUAUAACUGCAACAUUCAAUCUGUCAGAAAUCUGGUCAGGUUAAGCAGAUAAAUAAAAGUUCUUGGGAUUUUUUCUGCUUUGAUACCUACCGUGUUCAUUUGCAAAGCCUGUAGCAUGUGAAAGAAAUUCAUUUCUUUACUGUUCUCUCAAUAUAUUCUUUAUCAGAAGGAUAUUAACAUUGCCAAGAAAUCGGUUUUAUCUUUAUAAAUAAUAAGAACCCUGAGUUCAGGUGACUGGACAUGUAGUUUUACUGUUCCUUUUUAUAGACUAUUACUGCCAAUCCUCAGUGUGAAGACUGUUUAUUCUGUAGAUGUAUAUAGAAAUAAUAGAAUAUCCUCGAUCUGUAUUUUAUCAAUGAUUUUCCAAUAAAUCAACUUCAUAUA